AUGAGCUCAACACCUCCGUCCACAUCGGCCGCUUCGGCCUCCACAUCGAGCGCGCCCUCACCGGCUCCAGCUGCAGGCACGGGCAACACAGCCAAGCCCAAGUUGCCACCGCGAGAGGUGCCGCCCAUCCUGCGUCCGCUCGAGUUUGUCGGCAUCCCCAAAUCCGUCCUCGCCUGGAAACCGCGUCUGCCAUCGCGCAACUGGUCCAUCUUCCUCGUCACCGUCGGCACGCUCUCCUACCUCUACUACGACGACCGUCGCCAGUGCCGUCUCAUCCGCCAGGACUACAUCGACAAGGUCAGUCACCUCUCCAAGGAACCCAUGAAGCCCGGCGAGUGGCCGCGCAAGAUCACUGUCUACGCAACACGCUCUCCAGGCGACGACGACUACGACAAGGCCCUGCGAUACUUCAAAAAGUACGUCAAGCCCGUGCUCGUGGCUGCCGGCAUCGACUGGGAAGUCACCAACGGCACCCGCCACGGCGGUCUCGCACGCGAACUUCAGAGCAAGAUCCACGAGAGGAGACGCAAGCUGCUCGGCCUCGAGCCUUGGAUGGAUGAGAUCACCGCCCUGUCCCAGAACCCGUUCUCGCUCACGCCGCAGCAGGAGCUCCAGCGCGAGAUCGACGGCGGCCUCGUCCUUGUCGGCAGGCCGGCACUCAAGGAAUGGGCUUGGGCACUUAAAAAUGGCUGGUGCACACCGCUCGAAGUUCUUAAGAGGGACCGCGACGACGAGCUUGCGCGCGAACUCGCCGAGGACCACGCUUUCGACGAGCUCCCCGCCGAGCCUUCCGCGUCAGCAUCCUCGUCCUCGGCUGCUUCCGCGCCUAGCGAAUUUCUCGACGAGAAGGAUAGGGCCAUUGCUGCGCUCGCCGAGACAGGCGAGGAGGACGGCGCUGGUGCACCUCUGCCUUCGCACUUCGGCAACAACAAGUUUGGCUCUGCACCCUACGGGCUAGGCUCGGGACCCAACGCCUUCAGCGGCGUCAUGGGCCCUUCGCCAGCUGCGCAAGCGCAGGCCGAGAAGCAGCGCGUCAAGAGUGAGGCCGAGGCCGUCGCCGCGCGUCUCGACCCCAAGCUGCUCGAGGCGCCUGCACAGAUCCCAGCACAGCCGCCCAUCUGCUUUGUCGACUUUACCAACCUUGUGGGCUGGCGCAACAUCCCGCUUCGCAUGUACCAGUUCUUCCGCCAGCGCGACAAGGUGCAGCACGGCGCCGAGCUCGCGCUCACACUCGUCUACGGCACCAAGGAGAGCGCACGCGAGUUCCAGCCCGGCCGAGAGGGCACCUUCGCUGGCGAGGUUUCCGACACGCCGCCGCAGGGAGGCGAUCUGGACUGGGGCAUCGAGAGCGAGCAGCGCUACCCGCCCUACUUCCGCAAGUCGGACAAGAACCUCGCCGAGGCACGCGAGAGCUACUACAAGGCGCUGCCCAAGCACCUCAAGGACGCACGCGACCUUGCACGCGGACUGCGCGAGCCUAGCAAGAUCGAGAAGAACGAUCCGAGCAAGACCGAGUCCGAGCUGCGCGAGGAGCGCUUCAAGAAGGAGAAGGAGUGGCGCAAUGCCGAGAUGGGCUUCGAGAUCAUCCGCCCCAGCGCCGGCGUCGCGUGGGACGAGCGAUUCCGUGGCAGCCUUCGUGUCUUGACACUCUCCGACGAGACCAAGGAGCAGAUCAACCACCAGCAGAAGCUGCGCAACGAGGCGCAAAAGAACGCCGAGCAGAGACGGGCUGCCGAGGACAAGCAGCUCAAGGAGGAGCAGGCGCAACGCCAAAGGGAGCUCGAGUCGCAACCACUCGAAGAGCUCUAG